AGUGAGUGAGUGAGUGAGUGAGUGAGUGAGUGAGUAGUGAGUGAGUGAGGAGUGAGUGAGUAGUGAGUGAGUGUUCCCACAGUUCUCUUCCCCCUCAUUUGGUGGUCUGGACCUAUUCUGAGCACACGAAUGGCUUGCUGAGAGCCCCUUGUGCUGUUCUGAAGGAGUUCUCCAAGCAGACUGCUUUCCAGCCGUCAUCCCUCGUCUUUUACUCUCGGCAAAGCUGUGGUGGCGCCCUGAAGAAACCUGCAGAAGAAAUGCUGGCCCGGUUCUCACUUAGCCGGGCUCCCGAGCGUGGCACUAAAGGUCAGUGCUUCACUCCUGUGGAACCCCAGCCCUCUUCUGCAUUCGCUUCCCUCUUCUUUCCAGUCCUCUAAUCCGAUAGACCGUGUGGGGAGAGGCAAGAGAGGGCGGGGGAGGAGUGUGUGAUGUAACCUGUGACCCCGGUGGAGUUCCGCGACAGCCCCGCGGUGCCUGCGGCUCACGGUGGGGUUUUGGUGCCGCCGCUGGGAGACUGAAGAGGAGGCAUGAAGAUCCACCAGGGCUGUGGGAGACCUAGCCCGUAACUCACCUCUCUUGUGGAGAGGAAAGCUGAGCCCAGGCUGCAGCUCCUUGUCUUGCCGGCCCUACCUGCGCCGCGGCCGGCUGGGGACACCUCUGGAGAAAGGGAUGCUCGGAGGCGGCUGCGCUGCUGCGGUGAGUCUGCUCCUCCUUCCUGGCUUUUCCCGGCGGUUUGGGGGGACAAGGAAGGGAAGCGGAGUGAGCUGGAAUGCGUGUGGAUUUUUUGGGGGCAUAUAAGCGUGUGGAAUCCCUGCUGGAUUGACUCUGAGCCAGUUGAUAAUCACCGACUAAUCUGGGCGCUGGCAGAGUCCACCCGGAUUACGAGCGCAUGUGGCUGCGUGUCAAGAUGGGUGUGACACCUCCCAGGGGUCUCGGGUUGUGUGUCAGAGGGUCACCCCAAAAAAGGGGUCGACUGCAAAGAUCAACCGCAGGAGAGAAAUUUGGGGGUGUCUGUCACUGACAGGAUGUGGGGCGCGGAUGUCGCAGUCUGUGAGGAGGAGUCAAAGGAGAAAACGUGCUUUUCUCAAUGCCAGCAGGAGACCAAACUGGGAGGAAGCUGGUCCUGUAUAUCUGCUAAUGGAUCAGGUAGCACUAGCUGUUGAAAGUAACUGCAGAAAAGUGUUUUCUAGGAGAACUUCCAAGAGCCAUUGAAAGCAUCACCUUGCUAAGGGAAAGAAGUGAAGAGGAAGAUCAUCAUAAUAUGUAUGAGUAUUCUACUUUAUCUACUAUGUUCCAGAAUCUAUACAAGAUAAAGUUAAUGUAUAAACUGGGGCCUCAGAAAGCCAAAUAACACCUCUGGAGCUGUGCUGAAUGAAUCCCUAGCUGCCUUCCAGCACUGGGAAUAUCCAAUAAUACCUGCAGAAGGAUGCAGUUAUGAAACCUGAACUUGGGAUGGCUUCAACUUGGCAGAAAACUCAGGAAUUCUACAACUGGAUUCUUGAAAGUGGAGAUGCAAGGACAGACCCGUGGCCACUGGUGUACUCCCCACUUCCUGUCACCCUGAUCUUCACCUCCUACCUCUUCAUGGUGGCACUGGGGCCGUCCUAUAUGCGGCAGCGGCAGCGGCUGGAGCUGCGGGCUCUGCUGCUCACCUACAACCUGGCCAUGGUGGCAUUGUCCAGCUACAUGUUCUACGAGUUUCUGGUUACUUCAGUCUUGGCCAACUACAGCUACCUGUGCCAGCCAGUGGAUUACAGCCGGAGUGAGCUGGGAAUGAGGAUGGCAAGAGUGUGUUGGUGGUUCUUCUUCUCCAAAAUCAUCGAGCUGCUGGAUACGGUUCUGCUAUUGCCUGGCUGGCUGAUUAACAGUGGGGCAAAAAAGGAGCUGCAAGUGGACAAGUUCUGGCGUCUCUGCUGCCGUGGAUUAUCCCAGAGCUGUGCGCUAAAGGUUUAUGUCCUGGAGGAAUUGAAAGUCCACCUCUUUAUGGCUUGUCUUCAGGUCUCCUUCUGCAAUGUAAAUGAACUAAGUGGCCUCUGCUUGGCCGGCAGAAGAAAGCUGUGUCCUAGCCUGAAACUUCACAGCUCCUUGGGGUGUUUUCUUAAUUCUGCGCAAGAAACAAGAGCAGGUGACUUUUCUGCACGUGUACCAUCAUGGCUCUAUGCUCUUCAACUGGUGGUCAGGGGUCAAAUACGUGCCUGGAGGACAAGCCUUCUUUAUUGGGAUGCUGAACUCCUUUGUCCACAUCUUCAUGUAUGGCUACUACGCCCUGGCCGGCCUGGGACCGCGGAUGCACAGGCACCUGUGGUGGAAGCGUUACCUGACCAUCCUGCAGCUGUGCCAGCUGGUAGCCAUUGCUGCUCAUUCUUCCUACAACCUCUUCACAGAGUGCCCAUUCCCUGAUGGCUUCAACACCGCAGUCUU